AGUGAUAUCUGAAAAAAUGGCUGCGCUCUUGCGAUAUCAACAAGCGGCACGUGUUGGUGUGAAGUACGUUUAUUCUCUCGGAAUUAAUCAUCCCUAUUGUACAACUCAAAAAACCACUGAAACAGAGAAAUCGUCAACCGUAGAGAAGGUUAUAAAUGUUUUGGAUAAAGUAGAAACCAAAGAACAACACUCUCUUAAAAAUUCAGACUCUUUUUCUAAACUAUUACGUGAAUCAAAAUAUCUUCAAAUAGGAGAUCCUGAUGGCAGGAUUGUUAACGGAAAAAUUGUGGAGGUAGUCCAAGAUGAUUUAUAUAUAGAUUUCGGUGGAAAAUUCUAUUGUGUCUGCAAAAGGCCUAGAGCCAAAUCAGCUGAAUACGUACGAGGAGCUAGAGUUCGUCUUCGACUGAGAGAUUUAGAAUUGUCUAAUUAUUUUAUGGGAGCUGCUAGAGACAUUACCCUUCUUGAAGCCGAUGCAGUUUUAUUAGGCUUACUAAAACCUUAG